CCUGACAUGUGACAGCUGGCUGGCUGGCACUGGUCUAAAACCAUUCAGCAUCGCUACCAUUCUUAAACGGUAGACUGCCUUUAUGGUACCAUCUCUAUGGCCACCUUCUCAUCGGACGUCUUGCGCAAAUUUGCUAGAUUCUUUGCACAAUUGUUCAAAUUUUCACUUCGCCGAGCAUGCUAUACAUUGCGGAUUUUCCAUGCCCUACUCCGUAGGCUAGAAAGCAUGCGUGUUCGCUUUGGCAAUGAUAUCUAUUCUGCUGGAACACUCCAAGAAGAGUUGCGCCCUGCAAUAUGUAGGCAGCGGCUUGCCUAUUACCGACGGACAUUGCAUCUCCUGCAACAUCCAUUGUACCUGACGCCACCUUCACACCUCAGUUCCGGAGACAGUUUCAGCACCGGGACUGUAUAUGACGUCCGAGUACCAAAUGCUAACGUUGACAGUGGACAACCUCGACGACCGGAGCCCAUCACACUACGAUCGAUCAUACCGACCGACGUUAAACGCUAUGAUAGGAAAAUUAAAAUGAAAUGGGCUGAACCGAAUCAUAUCGUCAUCACUCCGACCAACAGCAAGUAUGUGGAGGAGGUGCAAAGUGGAUGGCACGAUUUCGUGCACCCUGAAGGUCCCAGAGUUUAUUAUCACCAUGAGACAAGAGUUUUCACGGAUGCAGACAUGCGCCCAGGCAAGGUCGAUUCGGAAAAGCUCUUGGCGAUGGCUAAAGCCCUCAAUGCUUAUGCAAAGAGCCAACCAGACGUACAGGCCAGGAUCGGUGAUGAAACAGAAUUGGUACUUGAGCUUGGCAUCGAAAAAGGUAAUACUACCAGCAUCAAAUCAUGUGGCUACUAUUUCGUCGAUCACGUGGAGAGGGUGAUAUUUUGGGCACAUCCGUAUACUUGCGAACCAGGUGGCGAGAUUCUGUUCAAUGUCAAGGCAGCCAAGAAACUCAGUCAUAUAAAAUAUUCAUUAGAAUCGCAAUAUUGGCUAGUGCUCUCCAAGAGAUCGUCUUCUAGGUAUCACUGCGAGCUUUAUCCUCACAACCGAUCCCUUCCGAGACAAAUCUUUGAUGAGCUGAGGGAAAUCAUUAUCCAUGCAAAUGCAGAGACCAUCACAUCGGAUACAUCACUGGCCCCUUUUGAUGGCAAUGAGCUAGCGAAGAUGCUGGAUCUAAUGGACCGUAUUGAGGGCAGCAUCGAUAAAAUACAUCCUCAUUCUGUAUGUGUUGUAGCUCGAUUCAUGAGAUUGUUCACCAAGGUCAAAUACACAAACUUCUACGGACAACCUGGCGCGCGUGUUGACGCCGACAGAUCCAUCUAUUACAAAGAGGGCCACGAGCGUGAAACACUCAUCUUCAGGCUUUUCAACCUGAUCCUCUGGUAUGGGCCACGCAAGCACUAUAAGCGUAUACAGAGAGUAUGGGUUGACGAGAUCAUCAAUGCCCCACGCUGGAAAGAUUUUAUCGCCCAACUGGAUAAGGAGUGGGCGGGGUACACGCUCUAUUCCACCGUUAUGUUGGCCGUUGACGUCAGUUUCCUUGCAGUAUACAUGUCAGCUCUUUGUUCUGUGGGUUCGCUUGUGGUUUCUGUGCUACUUGUCGACCAAAGCCAAGACUAUCAGACUGCCGAAGGCGGGGCUUUGUACAUGUCCUUGAUGACCCACGCAAUUCCCGGAAUUGAAAACUUGGCACUGAUACAUAGCUUAUCGUUUGCACUUCUUAUAUGGGCGAUGGUAUUCUUCGGCCUCGCUUUGUCUAUCCUCAUCUUCCGUAACAGUGACGUUGUAACGCUCGCGACAAUGGUCCCUGGAUGGACAAUAGUCAUGAUAUUCACGUUGUGGCCCUCGAUGACUACCCCUGUCGGAUGGCUACUGAAUUUUGCGAAAUCCUUACCCCGUCAGCCAAAGCGCGUCGUCCAAUAUCUGCGUGACCCAAGACACUCAGAAUUGGAGCAGGCGUUCAGGAUCAGCGAUCGAGUUGCGUAAAGAUGUACACAUUCCGAGUAUGCCACUACUUCCUUACUCAUGUACCACCGACACAUUUCUAUAUCUAUGGUCAGUAGGCUUCCAGGAUAAGUUGGGAGCAUAUACUAGUAUACAUCCUCCGAAUCUGUAGUUCAGCUGCAUGGUUUCUCCGAUCUUAUUCUAAACAUUGGUUGGAGUCUGAAAGCCACGAAACUUCAUCGAUCCAUCGUUUACGCGUGGAGUCGGCGAUCCGAUUCCCACAAUUCGAGAGCUUACGAUUGCUGGAAUCAAGCUAUUAAUUAUGUAAACGCAAUCCAAGCUGGUUGGCCACUUAAAA